GCCAUGUCUUUGUGACACAAAGAACCAAUAACCGUCUCUCUUCCUACAAAUCCCAAACCCUUCCGCCAUUGUUACACUUUUUUGCUUCAGCUCCCCUUUCUUCUUCUUCUUCUUCUUCUUCUUCUUCUUCUUCUUCUCCUCUCUCGAUCGACGUUUCACCAUCAUGAAUCCGCAUUUCAACUCCCUCUCCAUUACCACUACUACCAGCUCUCCUAUCGACCUCACCAUUAUUCCUUUCCAACCUUCUUCUACCUCCUCUUUCGACGACUCAUCCUUACCCAACCCCCGUCGUCCUCGCAAGAAACGCUCAAGAACCCAAACCCACGACCACCACCACUACUCCACCCUUCUCACCACCACUUCUAAAUCUAAGUACACCAAGAAACCCGAUCCUAAUGCACCCAAGAUCACUCGUCCAUGUACUGAGUGCGGGAAGAAGUUUUGGUCCGAUAAAGCGCUUUUCGGUCACAUGAGGUGUCAUCCUGAACGUCAAUGGCGUGGGAUUAUUCCCCCUGUUAAUUACCGUCGUCCCGUUUCGGCUUCUCCUAAUUUUAGCCCUAAUGUCGAACACUCUUCUAAUUCCUUUACUGAAGAAGAUCAAGACAUUGCUAAUUCUUUAUUAAUGCUUGCCAAUGGCCCUAAUUUCUCCAUUUCUAGGGUUUCUGACUCUCGGUUUGAAUGUUCGAGUUGUAAGAAAGUGUUUGGAUCGCAUCAAGCACUUGGGGGGCAUAGAGCAAGUCAUAAGAAUGUAAGAGGCUGUUUUGCUAUGGCAAGGAGCGAUGAAGAAGAAACAGAAGAUGAAAUUACUCUCUUUGGGGAUUUUGGACGCCAUGAAAGGAGUUUUAAUCUGGAGAAUGAAAUGUCGAUGAUGAUUUUAGGGACAGAAAACCAUGAGAAGAGAUUCCAAUGGGAGAAUAAUGCAGCUACUGAUCAGGAGAGAUUUGUUAAUUUGGAUUUAAACUUGCCUGCUCCUCUUGAAGAUGAUUCCUCUUCUUCAUAUUCUUCAAGCCUCACUCUGGAUCUCAGGUUGGGUCUUUGAAGAUAUAAUAGAUAAGCUUUCUUGUUGUUGUUGUUAUUGUUCUUCUUCUUCUUCAUUCUUUUGUUGAUAUGUUGUAAUUUAGGCUUUACGUAUAUGGCUCUCUAACAUUCAUAUCUCUGUCUCUGAAGUGUGAAAAUUAGUAUGCUUUGUUAGCUACAUAUU